ACCAAUCAGAAACUGUGUACCUCAGGGGAGAAUACACAAAGGGGUAUAUAAAAUAGAAAUCAUGCUAUUGCUCCUGACAGAUCUAAAGUAUAUCACCACUGUGUUGGAAGCUGUAGUUUUCUUUCUGUAAUUUUGUUUUGCCUAGUUCUUUGUGUUUCCAACAAAAUGCAAAGUGUUGUGAUCCCAAUGCAAACAUACAGUACUCAGAUAUCACCAAAGAAGGACUACGUUACUUGGUCACUGUUCAAUUUUGUUUUCUGCAAUCCCUUCUGCUUGGGGUUUGUUGCUCUUAUCUUCUCUUUUAAGACCAGAGACAGUAAUCUGAUUGGAGAUGAGGCUGGAGCCAAAACGAGCAGUUCAGCAGCAAAAGGUUUUAACAUUGCUGCAACAAUUGUCACAGCAGUAACAUGCACCAUCGUGGCUUUGGUCUUUAUAUUCAUACGUGUUUCAUUACAGACAAGGGGCUAUUAAACAUAUAAAAGUCUGUAACUGAUUCCUCCUUCACUGUGUUGGUUACAGACACUGCUGGACCUUUUUCUGAACAAUAAAACAGCAUACCACAUAGAAUUCUUUCCUGCAUGCUGUCAUGUAAAAUGUUUUCUGCAACUGCAGUUGAAAUAGUCUGAUUAACUUGUAUUUAGACAGUAUAAUUUGUUGAUGUACUAAACAGUU